GAGAACAGAGGGAGGGAACAUAGAGGGAGAGACAUACGACAGCUGAUCAUCACUCUCUCAUGGCUAUAUUAAUGCUCCUGUUGUUCAUUCUGCCUGAAGCAGCUUCUGACCAAGAAGCAGUAAUAGUGUACCCUGGAGAUGAUGUCACUCUGCCAUGUCAGGCUGCUGAUUACCCCAUCGGCGUUGUAGAGUGGAGCAGAGCUGACCUAGCGCCAGAGUACAUCCUCUAUUACAGUGAUGGACACCUGGAUCCAACCUACCAGCAUCCAGACUUUAAGGACAGGGUGGACCUGGUGGACAGAGAUCUGAAGGACGGAGACACGUCUUUAAUUCUGAAGAAUGUGAGCAGCAUCGACAACGGAACAUACGAGUGUGUAGUUACAUCAGCUGGUUCAAGACGUAAAAAGAGAGACACAGACCCAAUCAAUACCAUCCAACUGCAGGUUACAGAGCCAGGUGAGGUAGUCUCUCUCAGUGAGUUUUUCUGAGUAUCAGGUUGUAGCUGCAGUUUCUAACAUCAGAGAAGAUGAAGGCUGCUCAACUAUCCACACAUAUACUGACUCAUGUGUUUUUCAUAUUUAGGUUCUCAUGUUGGAAACUCCAAGGAUAAAUUCUCCACUACUACUAUAGUCCUAUGCGUCGUAGGUGCACUGGUUCUUGUAGCUGUUGUAAUGUGUUGUGUCUCUAAAGGUAAAUCAUGUGAACACUGCGGGUCAGCUGUGGCAUUACCGGUCACUCAGUGCUUCUGAGCGUCGUUGGUUUCCUGAUUUAUAAAAGACGUAAGAACAAGAAAUCAGGACCGUCUGCUGAUGAUGAAGCGAUAAGCUGACCUGACAACUCUCAGAGCUCUUUACACCUGACUGUUUUCUCAUGUGUUGUAUAUUCAAGACUUCUCUUUCUCUGGGUGUGAGUCAUGUUUAAAUCUGCUGUUUGGUUUUUUUCUCAUCCAAUUUCUCCCCUCUACAUAUACCUCUACACAUACUUUUUUUCAAGUAAGGAUCUUUAAAGACAUUUUACUCGAGUAAAGGUUAUGCUACUCAAAACAAUAAUGUCUCCCCUCUGAAUCUCCACCUUACUGUGGUGGGGGGGGGGUCUGUGUAUCUGAGUCUGGGAUCUGUAUUAACUGGAGCUCUGAGAUCCUCUAAGGUCUCCCAUGAUGAGUUGGUCCAGAGGAGGGUCAGACUAAAAGAGAUUCACUUCAAAUUAACUUUACUUCAAGAGAACUAGAAUAUUCACUUGAGUAAAAGUUGCUUCAUAGAAAAACAAAUGUUACUUAACUUAAAGUACUUUUACCUUAAAUACGUUUUCCUUAUAUAAUAAUAAUAAUUAUACACAUAAACAGAAAUAUUUUGCUCCAUUAAACCGAUUAAAUGUAAUAAUAAUGUAUUCAGCGCUGAUGUAUCACUGUUAUCACUGCAAACAGGAAAUGUUUCU